AUGAAUGAAGUGACCAUGGUUUUAGAAACAGCCAAAGUUCAGAUCGACAAUCAAAGACCAUUUCAUUUGGAUUCAACGUUGGAGCAAUUGACUUAUUCUUUGUACAGAUCAGAAAUAUUGACCUUCCAUCCUGAUCUCAUUCUAGCUAUUUAUAUUGGCGAACCAUUUGGAUGGGAAGGUGGAAUGCUACUCAUUGGAAAAGAUCACAUGUAUUUUGAUUUAAUUCGUGGUGUUGGUAUUAGUUUGUAUCCAUGUAAAGACAUUCAACUUGAUUCAUGUCAAAGAAACAAUACUCCUUCAACCACAUUUGCUUAUUCUUCCAACGUUGUUUCGUAUACUGCUUUGAAACGUCCUGGUGGUCCAGUAUUUACUUUGAGUUAUGCUGACAAGACCUUGCCAUCAAUUACAUUCUUGACACUCAUUACAAGUUAUCCAAAUCCAGCUGGAUCAACAAAUAAUACCUAUCCUUACUCAUUCCACCUUGGUUAUGAUAUGAGUGUUGGUUCAGUUUCAAAGUAUUUGACAAAUUUUACAUCAGCAAUUUCAGGAUCUAAGGCUUUUACAAUUGAAAUUGAAACUGGAUAUAUUAUCAGUUCUGAUGUAGCAGAUGCACGUGUUGCUGAAUGGGAUGCUAAUGGAAAGGAAUCUAGAAAGACUGCUCUGAAUUUUGAAGAUCCAGAAACUGUUGAAAUUGGAAAGAUGGUCUAUAAUGCCUUUCCUGAUUUUACUAAGAUUCCAUGCAACAGUGGAGCUGUUAUUUCCGGAUCAAUGAGAUAUGUCUCUGUCUAUAGAUAUUGUACAGAUACAAAGAUCGAUUGGUUGAUUGUCUUUUCUGUACCUCAAUGGAAUUAUAUUGGAACAAUGAUAAUUGCUAUUGUAAUUGCUAUUGGAAGUGGAGUUAUCAUUACAUUGGUCUCAAUUUUGAUUGCAGUCUUGAUGUCAGUAAGAAUUGUGAAACCAUUCCAAAACUUGAUAACUGCAUUCGAAAUGGUUGCCAACAUGAAAUUGGAUGGUUUUUCAAUUUCCAAGACUAGUUUUAAGGAAGUGAGAGUUUUACAAUAUCACUUUAUGAAAAUGGUUUCCUCCAUUGAAAAGUACAGAAGUUUCAUUCCAGCUCACUUACUUUCAGAAAUGGACGAUGCAGAAGCUGCUGAAAUUGAACAUGAUGAUGCCACUAGUAUGUCAAGUGUAUCAAUGGCUGCUAGGUCUUUGCAUCAUGGACUUUCUGAUAAAUCAGUAAGAAACAGUAUGAAGAAGGCUGCUGCCAGUCAUGCCUCAAUGGAAAAAGGCCACGUAAGAAAUAGAUUUGCACUCUAUUUGGAAAAGAGAAAGGUUAGUGUUGCCUCUCUUAGAAUAGAAGGAUUGGGUAAUUGGAUUAGCCACUUACAUCACCAAGAUGUUGUCAAUUUGUUGAGUGAUGUUUUCGAACAAAUUACAAUUGUAAAUAAGACAUCUGGAGGUCAAACAGGUCCAUUCGAGAAUGCAACUAUUUUAAUUUACUUUAAUGCAGCUAAGGAUCAAGCAGAUUAUAUUGAGAAAGCCAUUUCAACAACUGCCAAUCUCAAUACUAAAUUGGAGCAAAUCAGAGAAAAAAAGUGGAAAGGAAUGGAAACAUUCAGACAUAAUAAUCAUAUAUUGAAUCAACUCAAAUUCAGAUUAGCUUCAUCGAUCCAAGAAACAACUUGUGGUAAUGUUGGUACCAAAGAUGCAAAAUCAUUUACAGUACUCGGAAGUGUCAAUUAUAACUUGGAAUCACUCUUGGAAUGUGCCAGAGAAUUGAACGUAAAUGUUGUAAUUUCAGAACCAUUGAAAAUAACUUGUAAUUCCUACCAUACCAGAAUGAUAGACUCGCGUAGCAUUUGUGCAGAUGAGGUUGUUGGAAAACCAUGUGCAGAUGAAGAUUUACAUUUUAAUAAGGUCAACAUAUAUGAAAUUGGUGAACCAACCUCCAUUGAUAGUGAUGAAUGGAUGUAUGAAUUACAGCAACAAGAAAAGAAGGACAAGUGGAAGAAGUAUAACGAAGCAACCAAAAUGUAUUUGGAAAAUUGCUUCCCCGAGGCAACAAUGUUGUUCAAGGAAUAUCUAGAGAAGAAUCCAAACGAUUUACCUGCAAUGAAUUUUAUUGCAAAAUGUUGUGAAAUGGUAACUGAAAUGUAA